UUUCCGUGCAAAUAUGUCUGGACGAGGUGGCUUUGGUGGACGUGGCGGAGGCCGAGGCGGUGGCCGCGGCGGAGGCCGUGACGGCGGUCGUGGCGGUGGACGUGGUGGUGGCCGUGGAGGCGGUCGCGGUGGCUUUGGUGGCCGUGGUGCUGCGGGUGGCCGUGGUGGUCGCGGUGGUCGUGGCGCUGCGGGUGGCCGUGGUGGCCGUGGCGGGCGCGGUGGCCUCGCGGGUGGCAACAAAGUGCUUGUUGAACCCCAUCGUCACGAAGGCGUGUUCGUCGCCCGCGGCAAGGAAGACGCUCUGGUUACGCUCAACUCGACCCCCGGCAAGUCUGUGUACGGAGAAAAGCGUAUCUCGGUGGAUGUGCCUGCUGCGUCCGGCGAAGGCACGGAGAAGGUGGAAUACCGCGUGUGGAACCCUUUCCGCUCCAAGUUGGCCGCUGCCAUUUUGGGCGGUGUGGACAACAUCUGGAUGGGCCCUGGCGCCAAGGUGUUGUACAUCGGUGGUGCUUCGGGCACGACGGUGUCGCACGUGUCGGAUAUUGUCGGCCCCACUGGUGCCGUUUACGCCGUUGAAUUCUCGCACCGAUCAGGUCGUGACUUGAUCAACAUGGCCAAGUCCCGCACGAACGUCAUCCCGAUCAUCGAAGAUGCCCGCCACCCGCUCAAGUACCGCAUGUUGGUGCCCAUGGUUGACACGAUCUUUGCCGAUGUUGCCCAGCCCGAUCAAGCACGUAUUGUUGCGCUGAACGCGAGCUAUUUCCUCAAGAACGGUGGCCACUUUGUUGUGUCGAUCAAGGCCAGCUGCAUUGACUCGACCGCCCCCGCCGAAGCCGUGUUUGCCCGCGAAGUCAAGAAGUUGCAACAGGACCAAUUCAAGCCUGCCGAGCAACUGACGUUGGAACCGUAUGAGCGCGACCACGCCGUUGUCGUUGGGAGCUACCGCGCCCCCAAGAAGGACAAGUAAGACAGAGCUAUCGCUGAAUCGCGUUUGUGUGAAUAGAUUAAAUAUACAUGGGAGAUGCUUCAAGUCAAGCCGCGCCACGGGGAGAGAAACAAACUGUUGUGUGAAGGCCGUGGGGCGUGCUGGUGUGUGUGCGAUAUCAAGUUGUUGUCGGAGUCCCGAUGAUGACAUGCAUGCGUCGGGCGAUCGGAUUGCCGUAGCAAUAUGGCUUGACGACAGACGCGAGAUGUACAAAUGAAUAUCUCGGAGGGACUCCCAAGUGUGCAUGUUUAGCGUCAGAGUAGAUAGCGCAGGAUGGUGGAAACGUUGUCGUGCGGGGGGUGAUGAGGCGAAGUAGUUGGUGUGUCGUCUAAACAUGAUGUCGAUUUCUUUUCCA